AUGAAAGAAAUUAUUUAUGUAAAGAAUAAAGAAAGAAAAGGUAUUAUAAGCAAUGUUCGCAUAAAGGCUCAAAAAUUAGACCAAGAUGAAUAUGAAAUUUCUAGAAACGAUUGUAAAGAAUUCAUAAGAAUAGUUAAAAGAUAUACUAUAGAAUGUAUGUUUGAAGAACACUUUAUAAAUAAAAACACAAAAGAAAAAGAAAUCAAUGCUGACGAUUUAAUUUCUAUAAUUUCAACAAAAAAAAAAAGAUGUUUCUAUAUACCUAUAGCUAUCUAUAUAGGCAAAAAAAACGAGCUUGAUAAAUACGAAAAAUAUUUGAAGAAAGACCAAAAUAAGAAUGAAGAAAUUAAAAAAAAAGAUAAAGAAAAUUUAAAGAAACAAAAAGAAAUAGAUAAGAAAAGAAAAGAAGAAAAUGAAAUGAAAAGAUACGUUUCUAUAGAUUCCAUUUUGGAAUCAUAUGAAAAAGAUAAGAUUGAAAAAAAAGAAGUUUGUGAUCAUAUACAAAAGAAAUUAUCAUGUCAUAAAAUUAAUAUAAAUAAUAAUAAUGAUAAUAUUUUGAUAUCUACAGAUAAUGAUAUAGUUAAGGAUGUUGAUAAUACAUCUCAACAAGAAAAAAUAGAAAUAGAAUCUGACAUGAAAGAGAAUGAUAAAACAAAUUAUAAAAAUGAACAAGCAAUAUUAUCAAAUAUAAAAGACAAAAGUGAUGGAAACACAAAGGAUCAACUUUAUGAAAAAUUAAAAAUUGAGAAUAAUAAAAAACAUAAAAAUAAAAAAAAUAAAAAUAAAAAUAAAAAUAAUAUAAAUCAAAAAGAAGAUAAUAAUGAAAAUAUGAUCAAUGAUCCUAAGAAUUUCAUAUGUAAUACAAAAAAUAAUAAUCAUAAUAAUAAUGAUGAAAAUUUCUCAAACAAAAAAAAAAUAACAAAAACAAAAACAACAACAACAAAUAUACAUACAACAAAUGAUAAUAAUAUAUCAGAAGAUAAGAAGAGUUAUUAUAAUAGAUUAUUAAAAAAAGUUGAAGAUACAAUAGAAAGAAAUUGUAUGAAUAAAAAUAGGGAGAACAAAAAAUAUUUGAAAUCUUUUCAUAUGGUUUCUUAUUAUAAACUAAAUGAGUUAAUUUAUAUUUCAUUCUUAAUCAGAAAGUAUUACAAUCAUUAUUAUGAAAAAGAAUUAUACGAUAUGGUUGAUACAUAUGAAGACAUUCAAAAUAAUAAAAAAGAAAAUAUUCAUAAAAAAGAUAUAGAACAAAACAAAAUAUAUAAUAAACAUUUUACAAAUAAGGAUAUAGUAAAUGAUCCUAAUAAUCAUACAGAUAAUAAUUCAAAUAUUAUGAUACAUUUUAAUAAGAAUGAUAAUAUAAUAUAUAAAGAUAUUUUUAAAAAACUUGAUGAGGAAAGAAAACAAAAAAAAAAUAAUAUAUAUAAUGAUUAUGCUCACAAAUAUAUACACAGCGAUAUGUUAUGUAAUUAUAAGUUUUUUCAAAAUGAUUUGUAUAAAAUAAUUAAACCCGUCUUAUAUAAUUUAAAUAUAUUUUUUAAUCAAAAUGUUAUAAAGGAUAUAAAUAAAAUUAUUGAAAAAUAUGAUACGGUUAUUCAGGAUGUACAUGAAAUUUCUAGAAAGAAGGAAUCUGAAAAAAGGAUAAAUGAAGGAUUCCAACAGAGUGAGGGACAUAAAUUAAAUUAUGAAAAAGGAGAUGAUAUAAAAAAUAAUGUUGAUAUCACAAUGAGUGACAUAAAUAAUAAUGGUGACAUCACAAUGAGUGACAUAAAAAAUAAUGGUGACAUCACAAUGAGUGACAUAAAAAAUAAUGUUGAUAUCACAAUGAGUGACAUAAAAAAUAAUGUUGAUAUCACACAAAAUAAUGUCAGAGAAGAUACAGAUAAAAAUCCUCAACCUGAUGAAAUACUACAAAAAAAUAUACAAAAAAAUAUACAUAACAAUGAUAAUAAUAUAAAUGAUAAAAAAGUUCAGAAGAGUAACAAAUAUGAGGUUAAAGAAAAAAGAAAUUAUAAUAGUACUACAGAUGAUAAAAAUAAAGAGGAAGAACAGUGUAUUAAUCAUUUAGAUCUUCAAAAACAAGAUGAUAAACACAUAACGAAUAUAUUGAAUAUAAAAAAUGAUAAAGUCCAGAUGAAUGAAAAAAGAAAAGGGAAUGUAUUACUUAAAGAAGAUGACGAAGAUGAAGAAGAGAAUUAUAUAAAUAAGUCAAAGAAACAAUGUGAUAACAUUACAAGUACAUUUAAAAUUAUGGAUGCUUCAUCAAAAAAUAUUACAAAUAAUAAUUUAAAUAACUUAUCAAAGAGACCCAUAAGAAAAGGUGUUUAUCCUUUAACAUCAUAUAUUGAAACAGAAUCUUUCAAAGUUAUGAUAAUAAAAAAAAAAAAAAAAAAAGAUUCUUAUCAAUCUACAAAUUAUAAUUCAGAUUCAUAUAUAUCUUCAACUAUAUGUGACAACCUUAAAGAUGAUAAUAAUAAAUCUCAAUCAGAUACUUCUAUAAAUUAUUUAAAUAUAAAAUAUAGUAAAGAAGAAUUAAAAACUUUAAACAACCGCAAUUUUAUUUAUUAUAUAACAAACGAUAUUGAAACUCUUGGUAUAUAUAAAAAAAUUUAUUUUUAUGAUUUCUUUUUUAUAUAUUUAUUAAGGAAAUUAUUCUGGAAUAUUUUUUCAUUAUAUUAUUUAUAUUUACAAAAAUAUAAUGAUAAAAGAGAAAAAAAAAAAAAAAAAAUGAAACAAAAAAUGAAACAAAAUAUAAUAAACAAAGUAUUAUACAUUCCAUCUAUAUCACCAUCAUCGUCUUCAUCAUAUGAUGAAAAUAAUAUUGAUACAGCUCAUAAAAAUAAUAGUCAAUAUAAAAUUAAAAAAAUUUAUAGUGAUCAUUUAUUGUUAUAUGAAAGUGACAUAAGCCUUAACAACUCACAAAUCAAUAAGGACUAUCUUUAUAAUACAAAUAAAUUGUUACAUGACGAUUUAAAAAUAUUAUUUAACUUAAUAAAGAAACAAAAAUUUUUAAUAUAUUUUAGAUAUGAUCAAAAUAAAAAAAUUAAAACUAAAAAUAAAACACAAUAUGUUCAUAGGGAUAUAUGGAUAUAUCUAAUUUUAAAGGCCCUCAAAAAAAAAAAUGACAGUACCAUUUUCAAUGAAUUCAUAUUCUUCAAAGAAAAAAAAUAA